AUGGGUAUUUCGCAGGUACUGAUGGGAUUUGCCGGUAUAACGGCAGGAAUUGCUUUGAUUGGUAAUCUACCAGUCACGUGGUUCAUGACUGCAGUAAAAGCCAAACUCGAUUACUUGGAGAAAGGAAAACUUCAGACUAUAGAGGACAAUCCUAAGACUUUUAAUGCCAAGGACUUAUGGAAAGGCCAUGGUGUGGUUAUCAUGGCUGUCCGAAGACCCGGAUGAUACAUGUGCAGAGAGGAGGCCAUGGGGUUGUCCUCUCUGAAGCCACAGUUGGAUGUCCAUGGAGUUUCCCUACAUGCUGUAGUCAAGGAGACUCUGGGUGUUGAAGAUUUUAGGCCUUACUUCAAGGGGAACGUCUACCUUGAUCCUGAGAAAUUGUUCUAUGGUCCAAAGCAGAGAUGGUCCUCGAUGCUCGGACUCCUAAGAUUGAAUGUCAUUCACCAUGCCUAUUCUCUUUCUAAGAAAAAGAUUUCAGGGAAUCUGGAAGGGGAAGGAUUUCUGUUGGGAGGCGUGUUUGUAAUCGGUCCAGGACAGAAUGGAAUCUAUUAUCAGCAUCAUGAGAUGGAAUUCGGUGACCAUGCCAACUUAACAGAUGUUCUGGAGGCUGUAAAGAAAAUAAAAGACGAGACCAAAAAACAAUAA